AUGGUCAAGAGCAAGGUGCUACUCCGAGGCAAGGUAUGGUGGACAACUAUCAACAAGGACGUGGAGAAGGCAGUCAGACAAUGCAUCCCAUGUGCAAGCCUCGACACAAGAAAACAAGCCAAUCCGGUGAAUAUGUCCGAGAUGAAGGGGCCGUGGGAGGUAAUCCACGUGGACAUAUGUGGACCGUUCCUUAGUGGUGACUAUGUGCUGGGAAUCAUCGAUGCAGGAUCCCGGUGGCCAGAAGCCUUUGUGGUCAAAACUAUCAACACCGAUACCGUUACGACCCUGAUCGAAGGAUGCAUCACUACACACGGCAUCCCAGCGGUCAUCGUGUCAGUUAACGGACCACAGUUCACAGCCAAGGAGUUUGCACAGUUCUGUGAAGAAUGGGGAGUAAAACACCACAAAGUGACACCAAAUCAUCCCCAAGCAAAUGGGGAAAUCGAGCGGUUCUUCGCAACCAUGUUGAAAGCACUCCGAGCGAUGCAUACUGAGGGGAAAGAUUGGAGACGGCACCUCGGUAAAUUCUUGAUGCACUACAGGAACACUCCACACUCGAUGACGGGAGAGACGCCAGCCAAACUCCUCAUGGGAAGGAAUAUCAAGGUGAAACUCCCCCAAGUGAGUCAUGACUUAGGAGACACACAAGUGACAUGUUGGGAUGUGGCACGCAAGAGAGAUAAAAGAGAAAAGGAGAAACAAACUCUGGACAGACAACCGGAAUAA